UAAUUUCAACUUUAAAGUAACAAAAAAAUAUACUUAUUGUGUUGUUAUAGGCUGCAAACAAGCAGCUGUAUCAACAACAAGCCAAUCUCUUGACAUCAUUUUUUCUACUUAAAAGAGACUUUUAAUUAGGACUUCAAUUUGGCCUCAGUGUUGUAAGCAGACUUGCUUAUGUCAAAGCAGACCUCAGCACAGAGGAACCAGAGCCCUCACCUGAUUACUCUUUACAGAAACCUGCUUGUGAGCUAUUCAGACACAUGAAAUAUUGAAUGCCUGGAGUUUCCGUUUCACGCACAGAGAGGGAGGGAGGAGAGACGGGAGAGAGACAAACAAAGUGAAGAACACACGGGUGUGCAGAGGAAGACAGGGAAAGAGAGGGAAAGGAAAGAACUGGUGGGAUUAAGAGGAAAUAAGACAUCAGGCACCCUGGGAGGGAGACACAUGAGCAGGGAUGGAGGAAGAGAGGGAGGAACAAGGAGAAAGGGCCCAAAGUGGGACGAUUUCUACCCAGGCUGACACGCUGAUUGAGAACUGCAACGAGGAGAAUGGUGAGCUCCAUAAUCUCAAAACAGCAGAGGAAGAAGUUGAGGUCGAUAGUGCAGUCUGUGAUGGAGAAACAGACCCCAAUGAGGUCGGGGAGGAUCAAUACAACAAUGACACAGAGAACAUACCACAGGAGACCCUGACAGACACAAACACACAGGACGAUGCAGAAUGCCUCCCAUUGUGCCUCCUGCCAACAGAGGAAGAGCUGACCCCCACUACAGUGUUAUCUCAUCCCUCCAACACACAGAAUCACCCCUCUGAGCCCUGCUGGUAUUGCCUGAGGUCUCUUGACUCAGAGUAUCGUCCUGAAACUCCAAAACAGAGUGAAGACUCAGAUCCUUCAACAGCACCCCCUUCUGGUGGCAACAAAGUGAACUACCAGACAGACCCUCGCCCUCACUUUGGCGUCGCCUGGUCCUCUCACUCCACGUGUCGCCCUCUGUGGGGCAGUGAGGGGCCGUGCUGGGGGCAGAGAAACCAGGAGCUGCCUGAUCAGACACACACCUGCCCUCACUGUCAUCUGGGGCUGCCUGCUGACACACUGCGUUGGCAUGAGGCUAAGUGUUUGCUGUUCGACGGACUGAGGAGCACAAAGAAAUGAUCAGAGGAGAAAAUGUUGCAUGAAUGUUUAAUAAUUAAGCUGUCUACGUCCUCUGUCGCUAUAUAAUGACCUAAAAGUAAGGUGCAAUAUCUGUUUCUGAACAUCUAAACAUCUGUCUGUUUCUGAACAUCUGUCUUUUUGUAUCUGGUCAUUCCUUAUUUGAUUUUGGGUUUAUGUUAAA